AAAUUCAGCGUGGACAAUCCCGCCGAUUCGUACAAUUAAUUGUUCUCUCUCUCUCUCUCUCUCUCUCUCUCUUACAUUGACUCCAAAGACGAAGAAGAAGAAGAAGAAGAAGAAGAAGAAUCUGCGUUUGAUCGAAGCUGUCAUCGUCUGCAACAAAGGCACCACCCUCUUCUGAUUCGACUCUUGCUCACUGUCCGAAAAGCUUAUACCGGCCUUCAGACCGUACGGAAACAGGAGGCGAUCCCUCGCCGGCGGCAAGAUGAGAGGCAAAGCGAUCAGGCAGAGCUGGAGCUCCAAGUCGAAGCUAGGGUUGCCUGCGUUCGUCUUCGCUUGCUCCGUCUUCUUCGUCGCGGGAUUCUACGGCUCCUCUCUCCUUCCUCAGGAUGUGUCCGGGUUAAGAGCCAGGGCGAGAUUUCUCGAAUCGGUCAGCGACGGGAGAGACUAUGCGCCGUUGCCCCGUGGAGAGACCGGGGAUGAUUCGUUCUUUUCGAUCCCUUUCCAGGUGUUGAGCUGGGAACCUCGUGCUCUCUACUUUCCUAAUUUUGCAACAGCAGAACAAUGCCAAAGCAUAACAAAAAUGGCAAAGGCAGGUCUCAAACCUUCAACCUUGGCGUUGAGAAAGGGAGAAACAGCAGAGAACACGAAGGGCAUUAGAACAAGUUCUGGCAUGUUCAUAAGUGCUUCUGAAGACAAAACUGGAACCUUGGCUAUUAUUGAAGAGACAAUUGCAAGGGUGACAAUGCUUCCAAGGGAAAAUGGAGAGGCAUUCAAUGUGUUACGGUACGAGAUUGGGCAGAGAUAUAAUUCUCACUAUGAUGCAUUCAGUCCCAUUGAGUAUGGCCCACAAAAGAGCCAGAGGGUUGCCUCUUUUUUGCUCUACUUAUCGGACGUUGAAGAGGGGGGAGAAACUAUGUUUCCUUAUGAGAAUGGUAUGAAUAUGGAUGGGACCUAUGAUUUUAAAAAAUGUGUUGGACUGAAGGUGAAACCCCGGCAGGGUGACGGACUUCUCUUCUAUUCCUUAUUACCAAAUGGUACAAUUGAUCCUACCUCGCUUCACGGGAGCUGUCCUGUGAUCAAAGGGGAGAAAUGGGUGGCAACCAAGUGGAUUAGAGACCGAGUGCAGGAUGAUUAAUCAUCUGUCGCUAACCACUGGGAGACUAUGCACAAUUUUGCAGUAUUGAGCAUAGGCAUGUACUCUUUAUUUAAUUAGUCUCAAGAGGCUUUUUGGUUUAAUCGAUGCCUCUUCUUUAUGAAUUGUGCCAUUAGUGUCAUAUUAGCAUUUGUCCAUCACUAUUUACAGCUGAUCCCAUCCCAAAGAGAAAGUUUCGCUGAUAAUAUGAAUAUAGUUGGGUUUGGGAGCUCCAUUUUCUGUACUUAAUCAAACAGAUGACCAGAAAGUAAUUUAGGGAGUUUAAAACCAAAACUUUUGUUUCU